UGGCCGCUUCUUCACAACCUCCGUUCCAUAGACAGUUGCUUACCCCACCCCUUGUCACUGGAAUAAAAUCAUUUGAAAUAUCUAACACCUGAAAUUGCUAAAAUGCACAGUGGACCUAUGUAACAGCGAUUUAUGCCUAUGAGGGCCUGCAGCCAAAAUGAUCAAGGAGAGAGCUGGGCUGCUGUCAGUGUUAUUGUGGCUCAUUGUCUAUGCACCAACUGCAGUGCUACAGAGGCAGUCUUCAGUUCACGAUCUUCUAGUUGGAGCGAUGAGUGCACGAGUGAGAUCAAGAUCCAGAGGAAGAGGAGAUGGUCAGGAGACUCCUGAUGUGUUUGCAUUCGUGGCUCCCCGUGAAUCUCAGCAAGAGGAACCACCAACUGACAAUCAGGAUAUUGAACCUGGACGAGAGAGAGAAAGAACACCUCCGAUUGAAGAACGUAAAGUGGAAGGUGAUUGCCAGGAAAUGGAUCUGGAAAACACUGGGAAUGAGCGUGGAGAUGGCUCUGAUGUAAAAGAGAAGACUCCACCUAAUCCGGAGCGUGCUAAGACUAAAGAAGCAGGAGAUGGGCAACCAUAAGUUAAAAAGAAGACAAGCUGAAGCUACACACAUGGCUGAUGUCACAUUGAAAAUGUGAUUGAAAAUUUGAAAAUUCUCUCAAUAAAGUUUGAAUUUUCUCUGAAGAAGUCA